AUGCUAAAUCUACAUUUGAGUGGUUUUUUGAUUCUAUUUUGCAUAAUAAAUCACUACUUUCAUAGUGCAAUCGCGAAGGACGGAUCCUCUAAGGAUCUUGAACCGCAUCAUGCUGAGCCUGCAACGACGCCCAGCCCAGAAUGGUUGGAAUAUCAACGCGAACGCUUCAGUAAUGCGAAAGACGUGGAAACAUUGAGAAAAAUGCUUGAUCCAGCUUCGAAAUUGUUACAAACUAAAGGCCUGCGUGAUGGCCCAACAGGAAUACCAAGUAUUCAAAACUCAAAACAGCGAGUAGCAGCAAAGCUAGAAGAAGAAAGUACAUAUGGAGCAACGGUUGAACAAGUACCAAAUGAAAGUGAGCGUAGCGAGGAAAUGCUCGCAGAGGACAAUACAGACGAAAGCGAUGAAAGAAGUUCGAAUGUGGAAAAUACCAAUUUGUUAUCCCACGUCAUAAAAGGUGUACAAUAUCCAACGCUUCGAGGAUUUAUAAACUUUCUAAAAACUGUGCGGAACAGAUGGGUCAAACAAUCAAAACUAACAUUCGAACAGAAACUUAAUAAAUUGAAGCGUUUGAAAAAUAAAAUGAUGCAUUUGAUAGAAGAUCAAUUCAGUAUGAUUUGGACACCCAAGGUUCACAUGCGCCGCAGACGCGGCAUAUUAGGAGAAUCAAAUCUUAACUUCCCUCCAGAGACGGCUUUAAUUAGCAUAAACUUUUUGACUUUUGCUGUUUUUCUAAUUAAACUGAUUAUGCAAGUGGUGCAUAUCAUUAAAAGUAAACAUUAUACACUUAGCGGAUUUGGUUUUACGUCCGCCGAUACAAUGACUAAAACUACAUGA